AUGGGACAUAAGAUCGCUGCAAUGGCACUUGUUUCCAUGUUACGCCGGACCCUGAUAAAUGGGACGGUGUAUUCCGCUGCUACAUUGCGCUUCGCGUCAACACAGCAGGAUAAAAAGGUGUACUUCGACGUAACUGCUGAUGGAGAACCAUUGGGACGAAUAGUCAUGAAAUUGAACUCAGAUGAAGUCCCUAAAACAGCCGAAAACUUUAGAGCACUAUGUUCAGGUGAAAAGGGAUUUGGAUAUAAAGGUUCCUCAUUUCAUAGGAUCAUUCCCGCCUUUAUGUGUCAGGGUGGAGAUUUUACCAACCACAAUGGUACAGGUGGUAAGUCUAUUUACGGGCGCACAUUCCCUGAUGAAAACUUCAAACUAAAGCACACUGGACCAGGAAUGUUAUCAAUGGCUAAUGCUGGGCCCAACACAAACGGUUCGCAAUUCUUUAUUACAACAGCAGCAACACCAUGGCUUGACAGAAAACAUGUUGUAUUUGGCUCAGUAGUUGAAGGCAUGGAAGUUGUUAGAAAGAUGGAAAGUUUAGGAUCUAAGAAUGGUAAACCAUCUAAAAAGGUGGUGAUUUCAGAAUGUGGUGAUAUGGAUGAAGAAGUAUUUUCUGAGUACUGA